AUGUCCAGUGUUAUGAUGGCCAGGACAGAGAGCCAGGAACGUAGUGCACAACUGGCAGUUAGUUCUCAGUCGGGCAUUAGUGAAGGUUCUUUCAUUCGGUGGUUCACGCUUCUGCUUACAAGGAGUGAAGCUAGGAGUGGUGUUCCUGUGGUCUGGUACUCUACUUAUUAUCCAGCGAUGGAUGGAGUGAAGUUCUGUGAAGAAUGUCAACUGAAAAAGUCCAGUGUCCGGAAGUCUGUGGUUGUCAAGCCAAUUCUCUCGAACAGCAUGAAUUCAAGGUGCCAGGUUGACUUGAUUGACAUGCAGAGUCAGCAAGACGGGGAGUAUCGGUUCAUUUUGAACUACCAAGAUCACCUAACUAAGUUUGUGUGCCUCCGACCUCUGAAGACGAAAACUGCUGAGGAGGUCGCCUACCACCUGGUAGACAUAUUCUGCGACAAAGGUGCUCCUCAUAUCCUACAAUCUGACAAUGGUCGAGAGUUUUGCAAUAAGUUGAUUACGGAAGUCCUCGUCCUGUGGCCCGGGUGCAAGUUAGUCCAUGGCAAACCACGUCAUUCUCAAUCUCAAGGUUCUGUAGAAAGGGCUAACAAAGACGUUGAAGCAAUACUUGCCUGCUGGCAAAAAGAUUAUAACACAACAAAAUGGUGAGGACUGCGCUUCGUGCAAUGGCAGAAGAACACACGGUUUCACAGAGGAAUUGGGAGAACACCCUAUGAAGCAAUGUUUGGCCAGAAAUCUCAUCUUGGCGUUACUGCAACGAAUUUACCGGAGGACGUAGUGGAUGGAUUAGAGACGGAGGAGCAGCUCGCUGAAGCAUUAGCAGCUGAUAACAUUCAGGACAGCACAACUUCCAUGUGCAAGGACUGUGGAGGUCCUUGCUCUAUGGAUGAUGAUAUCUGCCAUCUCUGUGAACGAAAGCUGGGGAUUCAAGCUGAACGAGAAGGAGCUAGAAGAAAGCAACACAGUCAAGCAGAGAAAAUGCAGCUGGUGUCAACUAUGCGAUUCAAGAAAGCGGAGGUCGGUGACAGUGUAAUGGUUCCGAUCCCUCUUGUUGAUCGUGGGCGCGCAGAAUUCCCUAAUGCGAAGGCUGUUGUACUUCAAGUGGAUGACAGUGGGACAUGCAAACUUGGAACGAGGCACGGGAUUUUGAAACAACUUUACUCGAGAAAUCAGUUCACUCCUUGUGAGCAGCAGUUCCUGUCAAUUGAUGAUGUGCCCCAGGAAAAAGAGAUAAGCUUACGUGAAGUAGCAAAUGCAGAUUCUGUGGGCCAUGGACAAGGAUUUAUAAAGUGUACCUGCUCUAUGUCUUGUAAUAACAACAGAUCUGUACAGCAUCUAAAUCUCUCAAAAGCACGUUAUUCACUGUUUCAAGAUAUACUGUACUGCCUCACCAUACCCAAAGUAUUAGGAGACGUGCAAACUCGCAUUUCCACUUGA